AUUUACUUAUAAAGCAAAGCAACCCUCCAUCAGUCGUCAAUUCCUAUUCCAGUUUAGAAAAAUCACUCUCAUCUUCCCCUUUCAUCUCUUCACUUUCUCCCCUCAUCUCUUUUCCUAAAUCUUUCCUCCAGAUUCCGUUCCUUUUCUUGUUUAAAGCUCAACUCACGUUUCGGUAUUGACAUGGGAAUUGCAGAAGAAACAAUGGAAUCAGAAUCAGCAUCCAAGAAAUGGGUUAUCGCCGGAAUCCAGUUCAUGACUCCAUUGAAGCCGAUUUACACAAAAAGGGAAACCGAAAAAAAACAUGAAGAUGAUGACGCGGCAAAGGAGUGUUGUACGACUCCGACAUCUCCGGAAUCAGUGAUUCCGUGUUUGUUGAAAUGCCCGGGAGCUCCGAGGAAAAGAAAGGCGAUUUCCAGAAGCCACUGUAAUGACGUUAGAGAUUACUUCAAACCUCCGGAAUUGGAAAGUGUGUUCAUACGCUUUGUUGAAAGGGCAUAAGUGUCUACAUCUUUGUAACUCUAACUAGGGUUAAUUAACUAGGAAAAUAAAUCUUUUGUAAUUAUCAUCUUUACAGUUUGGUUACAAUCUACUUGUUAUAUUUUUAAGAUGCAAAAAAGGCCCCGAUAAAAGUGGAUUAGAACGAAUGAUUCUAACCAUUUUUUUAGUAUGUAACGAUUUUCUUUUCGAUUUAUUAUGUAGAAUAGUUAGUUUGCAAAAAAACUUUAUUUAUGACGUUUGGAAUAAAAAUUAUGUUUUUUAGGUUU